AUGACGACGACGACGACGACAACCUUGGACGAGUCAAAUCCAAAUUCAAAUCUAACCAGUGCAGCAGCUGUAUCGACACUCCUUCAAUUGAUAGAAGACUACCACGCCUUCAACCCCGGUGGCGUCGAGGUCGUCCCCUAUCCCACCGCGGUAGAGUUCAGCCAGCAAGUCAGUCGAGGGCGGCCGUGUGUGUACCGACUACAGUCUCUGCAGACACAACAAGAGACCGGCCUGAACUUGACACAACAAGAGACCAACCUGAAUUUGAAUUUGAAGCAACAAGCCGAGGCGAUCCUCGCAUGCCCUGCCUUCUCCUGGACCAAGGAGGAACUGUGUGAGAAGGUGAAGGGAGAUGUCGAAGUAGCCGUGACCCCGGACGGCCGGGCUGAUUCUCUCUAUCCAUACCGCCACCGUAAGUCGUCUGAAGACGAAGACGAUGACAAUACCGACCAGGAAGCAGAGGACGAGCACGGACAAGGACACGAAGAGGUCUUUGUCCAGCCCGCGACCAUUUCGAUGCCCCUUUCCUCACUCCUCGAGAAGAUCUGCCCGCCACAGCAGCCACCAGCACCACCAUCAUCAUCAACACCAAGCCCCGGAGAGCCUAAGCCCUACUCUCAACCCCUAUCGUCAGAAGAAGAGCCCUACUCUCACCCCCUUCCGUCAGAAGAGCAAGAGCCAGUAUACUAUCUACAAUCCCAAAACAGCAACCUGACCACCACAGCUCUCUCGGCUUUGCUUGCCGAUGUCCCGCCCCAGAUCCCCUUCGCCACGCCUGUUUUGGGCGAACCGGACGCCGUCAACAUCUGGAUGGGCAACGCUCUCUCCGUCACCAGCACCCAUCGUGACCCCUAUGAGAACCUCUAUCUCGUGCUGAGGGGCCGGAAGCACUUCACUCUCUGGGCGCCUUGUGAAGAGCUGUGUCUGCAUGCCAAAAAGGUUCGCACCGCCCAUCACGUUUAUGACUGCAGCAGCUCACCUCCCUCGUUCAAAAUCGUGCUGGACACGCCCUCGUCACCGUCACCGCUCUCAGAGGUUGGCCCCGACUCUGACUCUCAAUCCACCUCCGACUCUCAAUCCACCUCCGCCUCUCACUCUGACUCUCACUCCGACUCCGCCUCCGUCUCCGACCGCCGUAUCCCUUGGAUCCCUAUCGACCCGCUGCACUUGCCUCCGCCGGACAGACUGGCUUCGCGAUAUCCCUAUUAUCGCCAUUCGCACCCCCUCACCGUCACGGUAUCAGCAGGGGAGAUUUUAUAUCUGCCUGCUGGCUGGUUCCACCACGUCAGGCAGGAAUGUGGGGUCUGGAAAGACGGCCGGGUGGCGCCCUGUAUAGCGGUCAACUACUGGUUCGACAUGGACUAUGAAGGGGAGAAAUAUGUCAUGCGAGAGAUGUUGGGCCGGUUAGUGGCGGUGGCCAGGGGGGACAAGCAUUAG